AUGCGUCUCUCCAUCGUUUUCUCGGCCGUCAUGGCCAGCUCUGCCAUGGCCGCUCCCACCAUUGUCGGAGGAGUUGGUAACAACGUACCAGCCACGAGGGGUGCUGUUGGAACCGUCGACAACGUUGCCCCAGGUGUUGCAAGCCGCGAUGUCGUCAAUGGAAUUGCUGGCGGUGCUGUCGGUGCUGUCCACGGCGUCGCUAGCGGGGCUGCCGGACUCAAGACCGGAAGCAUUGUGAAGCGUGACCUUGUUAACAACGCUGCUGGUGGUGCUGUUGGUGUUGCUGGCGGCGCUGUCAACCAAGCUGCCGGCGAUGUUGUUCACGGUGCUACUAACAGUAAGCGUGAUGUCGUCAACCACGCUGCCGGCGGAGCCCUUCAUGUCGCUGGCAAUGCUGUUAAUGGAGCAGCUGGCAACACAGUUGACGGUGCUACUGCUUUCAAGCGUGAUGUUGUUGGUCAGGCCGCUAACGAUGCCACUGGAAUUACCAACGGUGCUGUCACGAACACCGCUGGUAAAACAGCCGGUCAGGUUGUUGGCAACGUUAAGAGAGAUACUCUUCCUAACUUGAACGGAGUUACUGGUGUUGUUGGUACUGCCAAGAACCUCGUUGGUGGUGCCACCGGAAACGUCGCUGGAGGAAUUGUUAAGCGUGUGGAGGGUGUUAACAACAUGGUUUCUGGUGUUACUGAUAGAACCGUGGGCGGAGCUGGCAGCAUCGUCGGCGCAAACGUUGUCGGACAGACAUCGACUGGUGCUACCAACACAGUCGGCGGAAUCAUGGACAUCACCAAGGGUGUCACCCAGCACCAGAAGCGUGAACUUCCUGCAGUUGGAGGAGUCACUGGCGCUGUCAAGGGAGUCACUGGAAACCUUCUAGGCGGUGCUACCGGCCCUAUUGCCGGUAUCGCUGGCCGCCGAGUCUAA